UAACAUCAUGUGUCGAAAAAGGAUCUGUCACGUUCAAGAACAACAUCAUCAUGUUGACGAACAAAUAGAUCUCAUUAACACUAUGAAUCAUGAUUCAUUGGCACAAAUAUUCAUGCUGCUGCCAGUACAUGAAAGGAUAGCCAUGGAAAAAGUUUGUCCCAAAUGGAAAGAGGCAUGUGAACUAGCUUGGUACGACAUUAAAAAAUACACAUUUGGUGAAUCAGCUGGUCGUGUUUUUGAUAAAAAUUUGUUGGCACCAUCAUAUAUUGAAAAAUUAUUAUCAAAUUUUGGUAUUUAUUUGAGAGAUUUGUCUCUUUCGGAAAAAUGCAGCUCUAGUAUUAUGCCGAUCAUUGGUGAGCGCUGCAAAAAUUUAACCCGUCUUGAUUUAAUUUACAACGAGCUAUUGGAAAUAAAUAUCGAUCACUACAUUCAUGCAUUCAAAAACUUAAAUAAACUGACAACAAUUGAGAUACGCGUAAUGAAUAUGGGAAGUUGUAAGAAUUUAAAGUUUCAACCUCACAUAAUCAAUUAUCUUCCAGAAGAAAUGAUUAAAAUUAUUUUGGAUUAUGAUAGAGAAGAAUUCAUGUCACCAAAGCUUUUCGUAAGUUACUAUUGAUUACUAAUAAUAUAAUAGAUUUAAUGAAUCAUUACAAUAAAUUCAAUUUGUUUAAAUUAAUUUUUAUAAUUUUUCAGGAUAUAAAGAAAUUCAAAAAACUUCAAUAUCUGUCAUUGAGUGGCUGCUUUCUAGAUGACAUAAUUCAAGGAAUAUCCGAAACAACAACACAGCUUGUUGAACUUAGUCUUAUUAAUUGUUUUGUGAGUAAAAACUGCUUGUACAAUCCUGAUGAUAUUUUCAAUCAAUUUGUAAAUUUAGAAUACAUCAACAUUAAUAAUGAAUGGGGCAUAAAGACUCCAAACGUACUCAAUAAUAUUUUGAAUUCAUCCAAGAAUAUAAUACAUUGCAAUAUUAUGUUGCGUCCAGAUUCUAAUGCACCUGAUAUCUCUAUUAAAAAUUGGAAUAAUCUUCUAAACUUGAAACAUCUUGGUACUCGUUGGAGAAUUAAUGAUAACAUAGCAAUCAAAUUGAUAAAAUAUUGCAAGAAUUUAACGUCUUUAGAUAUUUGGAGUGAUGGAAUAAUAGAAACUGAUCUUAAAAAAUUGACAGAACUUAAAAAUCUCGAAUAUUUAAAUUAUUGUUUCGCGGAUGGAGUCAGGAAUGAAUCUAUAAAUACAAUAGUUACAAUUUCAAACUGGAAAAAACUUAAACAUCUAAUUUUAUUAAAUGAUAAGGAUGAUGAUGUUAUUGAUGAUAAUAUUAUUGGUUCAGUUCCUUCGGCAGUCAUUUUUGAUGAGUUGUCAAAAUUGCAAUAUCUAGAAGAGUUAUAUGUGUUAAAUAUGCGUGAAUUCCAAGAUAGCAGUAUUAUUGCUAUUGCUAAUUCAUGUAAAAAUCUACAAAAAUUAGAUAUGACUGAAUGCGUUAAUAUUACUGAAGCAGCUCUCAUGUCUAUAAUCAGCUUGGAAAAACUAGAAGAAAUAGGUAUCAGUCAUAUGGAUGGUGUUACAGACAAUUUUAUCGGUAAAUUGAAAGGAUUAAAGAAAGUUGGGUGUGAAUAUUGUAAAAACAUCACUGAUGCUGGUGUAAUCGAAUGUAUAAAAAAUUGUCCAAAUCUUGAUACUCUUCGUCUCUACGGCUGUAACAUUACAAUUGAAACAUUUACUGGCGCUGAUGAAAUAACCAAAAAUCGUAUAAAUAAUAUUGCUUUGUGUAUAUCCUAUGAAAAGUUUGCAGAAGCUUCAACGUUAAAAAUUGAAUCUAACUGGUUAUUCAUGUGUCCCGAAGUUAGAGAAAAUAUCAAAUGAUUCAGCCAGGAUGUUCGUAGGCGAAACUGGUCGGCUGAGG